AUGAUGGACAUGCUUUCCCCGGUGGCCGUGAGCGUUGGGCAGGCCAGAGAGAUUGUUCUGCAGUAUGAAGGCAGACUGACCAGGACGCGUGGUUACCAGGCAGCUGGGGCAGAUUUGCUGAAGAAGAUUUCAAGAAUCCUCUACAACAUUGUUGUUCUGUUCAUUCCAUGGGAAAUGAGGAUUAAAAAGAUUGAAAGUCACUUUGGUUCAGGAGUUGCCUCUUAUUUCAUAUUUCUGCGAUGGCUGUUUGGCAUCAAUAUUGUCCUCACUCUUUUGACUGGAGCAUUUAUUGUGUUGCCUGAGCUCCUGGCCGGCGCUCCAUUUGGUACUACCCGCAGCAAAACCAUUCCUAAGGAGCACCUUGCUUCCGCGCAGGACUUGGACACCAUCUGGUCGCUAGGGGGUUAUCUACAAUACUCUGUGUUGUUUUAUGGCUACUACGGCAAUGUGCGUAAAAUCGGCAGCGCUGGAUACAGACUACCCUUGGCCUAUUUUCUGGUUGGGAUGGCUGUUUUUGCCUACAGUUUCAUCACUUUGUUAAGAAAAAUGGCUAAAAACUCCCGCAUGAGUUUAGCUGGCGCUUCUGAUGAGAAUUACACCUUCUGCUGGCGUGUCUUCUGUGCAUGGGACUACCUCAUUGGGAACCCAGAGGCAGCUGAGAGUAAAGGGGCAGCCAUCGUCAACAGCAUCAGAGAGGCCAUUGUUGAAGAGCAAGAGAAGAAGAAAGACACCAGCCUAGCCGUACUGAUCAGUUUGCGAAUUUUGGCCAACAUUCUGGUCCUGCUGUCUCUGGCUGGCAGCAUUUACAUAAUCUACUUUGUGGUGGAUCGUUCUCAGAAACUGGAGCAAGAGAAACCAGAGCUAACACUCUGGGAGAAGAACGAGGUGAGUGUGGUGGUGUCGCUCAUCACGAUGAUCGCUCCUUCAGCUUUUGAGCUAGUGGCCCAGUUGGAGAUGUACCACCCCAGGACAAGUCUCCGCUUCCAGCUUGCUAGAGUACUGGUGUUGUACCUUGGAAACCUCUACAGUUUGAUUAUUGCCCUCCUGGACAAGGUCGAUAGUAUGAGCUCUGCUAUUCCUGUUGGUCCAGGAAACCUAACAGAUUCAACAUCAUACCUAGCAACGAUCUCUCAACCCACUGAGGACAACCUAUCCACCAUCGUCCCAGAUAUCACAGAGCGACAGAACAGCACUCUGACCAUGACUCUUCUGGACCUAAACAACAGCAUGACCACUAUCAAGAGCCACAUAUCCUCUGGGCAGCCAAUGAGAAUGCAAGCUCUGCUAAACCAGACAGUCCUCUAUGAGUACAAUACCAGAUCACAGCAAGACCCCUGCUGGGAAACAUAUGUCGGUCAGGAGAUGUUAAAGCUCUCCAUCAUUGAUAUGAUCUUUACGGUGGCAAGUAUCCUGCUUAUUGAUUUCAUCCGGGGAUUGGUGGUUCGAUACUUGAGUGACUGUUGCUGCUGGGACUUGGAGAGCAAGUUUCCUGAAUAUGGUGAAUUUAAAAUAGCUGAAAAUGUUCUUCAUCUGAUAUACAACCAGGGAAUGAUAUGGAUGGGAGCGUUCUUUUCGCCAUGCCUGCCCGCCUUUAAUGUCCUAAAGCUCAUUGGUUUGAUGUACCUGCGGAGCUGGGCCGUGCUGACCUGUAAUGUUCCCCAUCAGCAGGUCUUCAGAGCCUCGAGAUCAAAUAAUUUCUAUCUGGCGAUGCUUCUCUUCAUGCUGUUUCUGUGUAUGCUACCAACCAUUUUUGCCAUCGUGAGAUACAGGCCAUCUCGGUACUGUGGACCUUUCAGUGGUCAGGAGAAAAUUUACGACAUCAUCUCCGAGACCAUUGCCAAUGACUUCCCGCUGUGGUUCAGUAAAGUGAUGAAUUACGUCACCAGUCCUGUGGUGGUGUUGCCUGCAUUGCUUCUACUGUUUAUGCUGAUCUACUACCUACAGUCCAUUGCUAGAUCACUCAAAGUCACCAACAGCCAGCUGAGAUUGCAGCUGCAGACCGAGCGGACAGAUGACAAGAAGAAAGUAUUUCAGUUAGCUGCAGCGCGUCAACAGGCACCUGAGGGCGAUGAUAUAAAGCCAGAACAAGAAAGUGACAUCACCAGUAUGGAGUCCUCUGCCCACUCUGCCUCCCCCCAACGCCGCAAUGGCAGUGUCACCAACUUCGAAUCUCCUGUCCGCCAUGGCAACAGCAUUCGGACCAUAACCCAGUCAGCUUCACGGCCUGAUGUCCCAAGAGCUGCCGGAGCAACACGGAGUCCAGCAGUCCCUGUGCGACAGAAACACAAAGCAGAACACAUAUCCAAUAGUGCUUUCAGAAAGUACAGCAGCCCUUCAGUUCUUCAAAGACAAGUACGGCUAGUGGAGUACAUACCAAUCAGGCAUGCUGGGUACUUGAGUAGUGGUUCCAGCCACUCCAAAUCCUACCAUCACAUGGCCUACAAACCCUGUACACGGUACACCGAGAACAUCAACUCUGAUCCACUGUAUCGCAAGACCCUCCGCCCCAUGCACACCGAGCCUGGCAUAACCACAGCUCAGAGCUACGUGGGCCUCCGGGCCCAUACAACACGCUACGUCAUCGUCAACGAACAUGAAGCUCGCAAGAAGUUAAUGCGCUCCACAACACGUGUACCAAGACAUUAUCGCCUAGCGGAUGAACCAACAGAGAUAGUAGAGCUGUAUCCUCGCAACGUAAAGUGUUGCAUACCUCGAACCCCUCACCGAAGCCAUCAGCCACACCUCAGUGAGGAAGAGGAGGAAGAGGAAGACCCUAAGAGCAGCACAAGGAGGGGAUCGUUCAGACAGACACACCGUCCACAAUCACUGUCAGAUCUCCACCAGACCGCAAGGUUCUACAUUGGCGAUACAAUUAACAGUCAAUUGUCUAUGGAGCAGGGUUUAUAUGGUGAGGAAGAGGAGGAAGACCAGGAAGAAGACUGGGUGAAUGAUGGCUCUCACCCCUGCUCUCAAACAAACAUCCAAGGCCCGGAGUCGACUUACAGGUAUGGUGUGCCACAUGUCAAGCCCAAGACCAGGCAUAAAGUGGAGCCCUCGCUGACCGAGUCAGAUUCUGCAUCACUGGCGUCCAGCAGUGACCAACAAAACAGCAGCACAGACCAGUACAUCCAGGUCAUUCACAAUAAGGAAAAGUACCUGAAGCCCAGUGCGAAGCUGACCAAAAAGAAAUCCAAGAAGAGCGUUAAACUGAAUGUGUCUGGCUCUAAUGAUCUUGUCUGCUCAAAUGUUUAACCUAUUUAUAUCUAAAACAGAGAUUAUAAUUCAAAAAGCUACAAUAUCUAAAUCUUUAUCAUGUUAAGGUUGCUGUUUUGUCCUGUGAGAGCACAAAGAUUAUCAAACUGUACGUGUAUUUUGCAUGUCUCCAUUUAAAUUUGAUUACGCAGUGAAAAUCAGAAUCAGAAUGAAUCAGAAUCAGAGUGUAUUUUGCAUGUAUCCAUUAAAUCUGAUUACGCAGUGGAAGUUUUUUCAUAUUUGUAGACCCAGUGAUCCAAUUAAAUACUGUAACUUCAAAUUCAGGAUUAAGGUUGGGGAGACUAAUAAUGAAGUACCAAACUGUGAAAACCCCAUUUUGG